AUGGUAACCUCCUGCAAACUCGACUCCCAAUCAGUUGUGGCAGUUCCAAAAAUGAAUUCGGUGCGAACCCGUAAACCAGCCAGCAGUAACAGCAACUCAUCCGGCUUUCGGCUACUGGACGGCGAUCAGCUCGAGAAUAAUUCGAGUGUCAGUCGAAAUUCGAUAUACAAACUAAAGAUCGAUCUUAUGUUUGACGAUUCCAGAUCAAUGCGUAGCAACCGCCUCGACGAUCCCCGAGGAUCGCAUCGCACGCGUUCCAUCAUCAUGUAUGGACGUAGUGAGCUGGCCAGCACCACCGGCGACAAUGCACGAUCGCUGAGCAGUUUCCUGCAGGAGUCCAGUGAGUCGGCCAAGGUGCUGGCCGAGGCGGCCAAGAACGAUGUGCAACGCAUUAGCAACAGUGUGCAGGCUCAGAUCGAGCAGCUCUUCACAGACGUGGCCAAGGAUGCAACAAAUAGUUUCGAUGUCACCUGCCUGGGUAGCUUGCCCUUGAAGGACAAGGUGACCAGUCUACAAGGAUUGCAGGAGCCACUGCGUCAACUCUAUCUCGAUGAGGUGACCAAAAAGAAAUUAAAGUCGGGAUUUUUGGAUAUAUGUGCAACGGGAUUACGCGUCAAAAUCAACGCCAUGUCGAACAACAAAGUGAAUGAGGAAGAGAAUGAAUCGAGCAUAACGCCAUUUCAUAAUAUUGCCGUAUGGUCAGCGGUUAAGUUUGUCAUCUCCGAGUCGGAUGGAGGAGCGGCAUUUCUGCCAUUGAUAACAGAUCCCGACAACAUAGACAAGACUGCCUUGUUCCAGCCAUUGAGCGCCAUUGAGCAGCUGGCUGUGGAGCAGAGUGAGCACAUCCAUGCACCGAUCUUUGCCGUGGUCAUGCGUUCGGCGAGUGCUCCAAAGAUUCUCGAGUGCCACGGCUUCAUCUGCAAGAGCACCGAGGAUGCCAUUGUCAUUGCAGCCACUCUCUAUCAGAGUCUGAUGGCCCAUGUCAGCACCAAUUCACAUCGCAGCACCAAGAGACGCACACCACGUCAGCAGAAUGGUGUCAGCUGCAUCAGCAUUGCCAGCAGCUCUGCACUGACCAGCUCCAACUAUUUAUCCCGCUCCCAAAUCGCACCCAGUCUCAAUGGCAGACGGAGUUCCUUUCGCAGCAGCAGCGGUGGAACGGGCAGCUUGGCGGGCAUGAGUCCCAAGCAUAUGGGUCUGGGUGGAUCAACGCCAUCGAGAUCGACCCGAAAGAAGCGUGUGUCGAGCAGUUCACUCAGCUCCAACAGCAAUGUGAUCAAUGAGGCAGCCGAGAUUGAAACCUCAACCGAGGAACGCAAAAGGAAAUCCCACAAAACAAAGCGUGCUCCACCAGUGCCAGCGCCAAAUCUGAUUACAGGUGGUUACAAGGCUGCUGGUGGCUCUGGACGUGGCGGCAAUAUUGUGUGCAACAAUGGACAUGUGAAUCGAUUGCAUCAUCAGCACACCAAGAAACCAACCGACCUUGUUGGCGCAGCUGCUGUGGCUGCCGCAGGAGAUGGCGAUAUAUUGACACGGGUGGCGAUACCGCGAUCAGGAAGCUUCCUCAACACGGGCGGCUUAACUCGCUACAAGUCUCGAGCGGCACGGCGAACCAAUUCCGGCAAGUUGGGCGGCGGCGGAGGUGGUGCUGGCCCGUUUGGUUUGGUUGAUUGGCAUCGUUUGAAUUGUGCUUCUAGUUCCCCACUUGGUUUCAGUGAACUGUUCAAUGAAUUUCGACUGCACGAGAAUCUGCACUCCUUAGACGACAUACUAUAUGCCAUUAUCGAUGCCGACGGCAUGUCCUUCAACGACCUAAAGCCGAUCUACAAAGAGUUUCUCCUCAAGCUUGCCGUGACACUUACCCAGGACGAGCUCUUUCAACGCUCCAAGAACAUUAUGCGACGACAGAAGAAAAAGAAGCAGAAACGCAAAGCCAGCGUAAGUGGAUCACAGAAGAAACCGAAGAGCAUUUUCUUUGGCACCAAGAGUUUGAAGAAAGUUUUCCAACUUGGCCAGUUCAGUAGCUGUCGCGGCAAGUUGGCCAAGCCGUCAAAGGAGACACCUGCGCCUGUUGAGAGCUCCAACAAGCGCAGGCUGACGCCCCCUAUAAUCAUUGGACCACCGACGAGUCAAAGUCAUCAACAGCAACAACGCAAUCGGGCUGCCACAAGUGGUUCCGAUGUUUCCGUGGUGCGCAAUGAACAUGCGCUCCAGGGGAUCCAUAGGAACAGCAGCAGUGGCUACGUCUCCUGCUCCGAGUGCAGCUAUGACUCUGAAUCCUGCACCUGUGCCUCGGCAGAUCGCUGUUAUUGCAGUCUGCGCACGGAGCAUCUGAAUCACAAACUGAGGCAGAAGAAUGAACGCAAUAUGGCCAUGGUCAAAGCCCGUAAACCAACCGUCGGAGUCGGAGCUGGAGCUGGAGCUGGCAAUCGACAUUCUUUGAUUUCCUGCAAAUCGGAUGAGAAAUGUUACUGCUCCAUGGUGGAAGAGGAACCGAACAGCACUCUGGAGCACGACUCGGCCAAUUCGCACUCUGACACAACGACCUGGUGCGAUACGGACAGUUGUGUGAGUGCCAGCAAAUGUUACUGCAAGCGGACUCAUCGCAGGCAGAGAGCAAAUGCAGGAGCAACUGUCAGCGAGGAUUCCCUGAAUCAACAGCAUAGAUCGCGGGCGGCUACGAGGAAGGCAAAGCCCACAGAGAAACUGGGUCUGGACUAUGAACUCUUUACGAUUGGGGGCAACAGCAAACCAGUUCAGCCUCAUGAGGCACUCAGUGUGAAGAAGAGCGUCGAGGCGGCAGCUGUGUUUGCGGACAUGAAACUGAGCCAGACGACGGACAUCAAGAGCCUCUGUCCACCUGUGCAAAAGCCAGGCAUGAGAUCGAUUAAUGGGAACGCCAGUUGCCAUUCCAAUGGAUCCUCACGACGUUCCUUGUAUCGCACCAGGGAAUCCUUGAGCACAGAUCGUCUGGGCAAUGGCAAUGUCAAUGCCAUGAUCAUGCCACUUCACAUGAGCUCCAGUGGCGCCUCCCACAAGUCCUGCAGUGCCGACGAUCUGCUGAUCAACAUCAAGGCCCUCGAGAAGGCCGCCUCCAUCCGCAGCAAUGUGAGCAAGAGUCGCAUGGCCAGCUAUCAAUCGAUGCGUGCCGUGAGCGCUUCUCUCGAGGAUUCGCUGGGGUAUUUGCCAUAGAAUUUGAUUAAAAUACUCAAAUCCCAUAAGUUAUCACACACACACACAUCUAAUUAACAUAGUAAAUACCUAUACCAUAUACAUUUAUGCUACUUAUCUAUUAUAUCUAAGAUUCCUUAGGCAUCACAGCUUAUGUUUCCCAAGGCAAUUGUGACUAUGGGCUCAUUUCCACAUCCAAUUAUCUUGUGAAACGUAAUCAAUGUUUAAUAAUAUUAAAGUUUUUAUUAUUAUUUUUUUAUAUCGUUCUUAUAACGAACACGUGACAUUAUCUUUAAGGCAUUAAACACUUCACUAAGUGAAAAACGAGGUGCAAUACGAAUACCAUGAUAAAGAAAAUAUAACAAUCCUAGUUUCCAACACAGUGCAAUAUUUAUUAAGUUUAUUAACAAUAAAACGAUCUUUUAUACUUUGCGAAA